UUCGUGUCUCGGAGCCGCAGAGUUGCUCUGCCGAGUGUCUGGAGCCCGGGGUGUGCACACAAACUGAUAAAUAGGGAAAGGCCUGCUUUGCUCCAGCUGGAGCAGAGCUGGGACCGGCACUGCAGCCCGACGGACUCUGUGCUGGCAGAGAGGAGCUCCCUGCAACCACCGUUGCCAUUUAACGGCUGAUCCCCCCAGUAGAGUGAAUGAAGCAGUGCAGCUGGGAGCAGAACAUGGCCAACACAUUUGUCACCAUCCCUGACGGGUACGGCCUUCCCGAGCCCAUCCAGUACUAUGAUGUUUUACCAGAGCACAUCAACUACCAGCUGCAGGACCCGGAUUUCCAGGCUGCCCCUUACUGCCAGUACUCAGCAGUCCCAGUUCCAGCCCUGCAGUCCCAGCCUGCCCCGUCCCCAUACGGCUCCUACAGCCUGGAUCCCCCGUACCCUGACGGGCCCUGUGUCGGCAGCAGCUGCGAGCUCAGCAAAGGCCCCUUCCUGGCUCCCCACGUGGAGGAUGGGGGGUACCAGGGGCUAAAGAGGCCCAGGUUAAACCACUCGGUGAGGCUGAAGGGACAGGAGGAGCUGUGUGUGGUGUGUGGGGACAAGGCUUCGGGGUACCACUACAACGCACUGACCUGCGAGGGCUGCAAAGGCUUCUUCCGGCGCAGCAUAACCAAGAACGCUGUGUACCGCUGCAAGAGCGGGGGGCACUGCGAGAUGGACAUGUACAUGAGGAGGAAGUGCCAGGAGUGCCGCCUCAAGAAGUGCAAAGCUGUGGGAAUGCUGGCAGAAUGUUUGCUCACUGAAGUCCAGUGUAAGUCAAAGCGACUCAGGAAGAAUUUCAAGCAGAAGAGCAGUUUCCUUUGCAACAUAAAGCUGGAAGAUGAGGGACUGAAUAGUAAGCAAGUAUCAUCUACAACAAGAUCUGGAAAAAUCCCAGAGAAGAUGGAACUUACUCCAGGAGAACAUCAGCUUCUUGACCACAUUGUAGCAGCACACCAAAAAUACACAAUACCCCUUGAGGAAGCCAAGAAGUUUCUACAGGAAACUGCAAGUCCUGAGGAAAGUUUUCUCCGUCUGUCUGAGACAGCCGUUGUCCAUGUCCAAGUGUUGGUGGAUUUCACAAAAAGACUCCCAGGGUUUGAGAGUUUAGCCAGUGAGGACCAGAUUGCUCUGCUGAAAGGGUCCACAGUGGAGGCGAUGUUCUUGAGAUCAGCCCAAAUUUACAACCAAAGAAUGAGCGAGUGCCAGCCAUCCACCAGUGAAAGUCAUGUAAGACUUUCUGAUCACGGGACAUGUUGUCAUGUUCAAAACCUUGAUAAAAACAAUAUUUAUUCCAUGGAAAUGUGUCAUAAUGAAGAGAGGCCAACUUCUACUACUACCACAGGCAUAACUGAGGAGUUCAUCACCGCCCUGUUCUGCUUCUACAGAACCAUGGGAGAACUGAAAGUGACCGAGACCGAAUACGCUCUGCUCGUAGCAACAACAGUGUUCUUUUCAGACCGCCCGCUGCUGAGGGACAAGCGCCAUGUGGAGGAGCUGCAGGAGCCGCUGCUGGGGAUCCUGUACAAGCACUCGAAGCUGCAGCACCCGCGGGACCCGCAGCGCUUCGCGCGGCUGCUGGGACGCCUCACGGAGCUGCGCUCGCUCCGCCACGCCCACGCGGGGGCGCUGCGCGCGCGGGACCCGCGCCUGGCCGCGCCGCUGCGCGACCUCUGGGAUCUCCACUAGGCGGCGCCAACGCCGCCGGCCCGCGCGCCCCUUCCCGCCUCGGGUGCGCGCCGUCGUUUCCCGCCCUUUUCGCCCUCCCUCAGCGGGCGCCGUGAGGUGCCCGUGUCGGUGGUGGCGGCGACGUCGGUGUCGGUGCAAAUGUUGGCGUCGGUGCCAGUGUCGGUGCUGGUGCCGGUGCUGGUAUCGGUUUGGGCGCCGCUCUCAGUGCCGGUGUCAGUGCUGGUGUUGGUGCCGGUUGUCGCUGCUGGUGUCAGUGUCGGUGUCGGUACCCGUGUUGGUGUUGCUACCAGUAUUGGUGCCGGUGUCGGUUUCGCUGCUGGUAUCGGUACCGGCGGCGAUGUCGGUGUCGGUGUCACCACUUUUCUUCGGGCCCAUGGAGACAGAAAAGCCGUUCAAACCGCUCUUGCCGCCGUGCCUGAGCUCCGGGCAGGGCCCGCGGCCAAACCCCGGCGAGCGCUCGGGCCGCGGGGCUGUGCCGGGCAAAUGGUGCCACCGGCCGGCCCGGCUGAGCUGCGAGCGGGCGGGGGGACAGCCCUUCCAGGGACACCCUGCUGAGAGCCCCCGGGCAGAGUCCUGACCUGAGCACACACAUUCUGCCCUGUCCCGGUAAGUGUCCAAGGCCAGGACUUGGAGCAAGCUGGGAUAGUGGAAGGUGUCCCUGCCCGUGGCAGGAAGUGGAACUGGAUGACGUUCAAGGUCCUUUCCAAACCAAAACCAUUCCAUGGUUCUGUGUAUGUGUGAAGUUCGCUGAACUCAUUUCUCUGCCGACUGCCAAGAUUGGUGCUGGAGGGAACAUCUUCCACUUUAAUUUCAAAGAUUUCUGCUGUUACUCUCUAUCAAGACUGAAGGAAAUCAUCUUCUCGAUCAUCUGCUCUGUGUUGUAACUGCACAUCACCAAUGGUAAAUCCCCGUUUGAUGUGGGUGAUUCAGCAGUGAGCAGUGCCCCACUUGGAUGCUGGCACCGGCUUUGAAGUCCUGCUUACACCAGACCAAAUGUGCAGUGAAAAUGUUCUGUCACCACACAGAGUUAUGUGAAUUUAAAAAAUUACUGUUUCUUGUUGAGGCUCCGUACAGAAUAUGUUUAGAUUGAAAUGUGGUGUUCUGACAGGAGAUGACUUACACUAUGUUAUUUUUUGUGACUUGAAAAUCUUGUAAAACGGCAUUUUCAUACUAAAACAUAAUUAGAUCUGGUGUUUAGAACUACCCAUGGAGUAAAGAAAAAAAUAAAUAUCAACUACUGGACUUCAAAGAAA